UACAAAUGGUAGAAAACGAUCUGAUAGGCUUCCUUUUUGAUCAUAUUAACGUAGGUGAUGUAUAGUUUCAUGUUUUUUGAAUAUGUCAAUGACGACGAAAAUGUCCCAGUAUAGCCUGUAUGUUUCGUUCUUUUAAGGAAUGUAUUUGUAAUAGAAAGUGGCAUCUUUCGGAAAAGCACAUGUUUGUGCAUGCUAUGGUGCACUAUGUCUGCUGUAACUAUUUUACUGCAACAAGCGGUGAGAUUUUUGCGACACUUUUCUUCUAGAUUUGGUUCCUUUGGAAUGUUAUUCUUCUUCUUUCCCUUGGAUAGAAAUAGGGGUCACUUUUCUAGUGCCUCUCUGAUCCAGUCACCUUGUUUAUUUCAUGAUAGGGAUGUUCAGAUUGUGCUUCCUCAGUUUCAUUGGAGAGUAUUCAUCUAUUUUGUUCACUAAUUGCCUUUACUUGAGGUUUAUUAUUUGACAGUAGAUUUAAGAUGAAACACAUGUAUGAUUAAUUUCCCAUAAGUGAAAGAUGUAAUAUAUUCCCAGCCAUACCAGUUAGACAUCCCAACAAAAAUUUUUUAGUAGUUUAUGGUCAAAUUAAUCGAUUGUUCUAGGUGAAUUGAACAGACCGCAUUUUGAAUAGAUAUUAAUUUUGAAAUAUUAUUAUAAAUAAAUAUUACAUUGAUUGUUCAAGAUCAAUAUAGCUAUCUGAAACGAUUUUUAUGGCAUUUCCAAAGAGCUACAUUUUAUUGAACAAACAUAUCGCUCUUACAUACGUAGUAACCAGUAAAAUCAGUCCCUAAUAAAAUUUCUUGUCAGCAAUUUAUAUGAAGUUUGAAAGACUUAAUACGUCAACAGGAAAUUACAUUGUCAAAUUUCAAGGUAUUUGUCUAAAAGUUCGCCAAAAAAUGGAUGAAGCAACUAAACAGAAAUGUGAACGAACAGUUCUGAGAAAUAAAUAUGAACGAAACUCAAGAGAUAUGUACGAAUGGUGGAUACAACUAUUCAAUAUGCUGGAAUCCGAUUUUGCUAUACAAGAAGAUGUGCGAUAUUCGACUUUAAAAGAAAUUUUACCUGUAGAUCUCUUCUAUAGAUUACUAGAAAUAAUAUCAGUUAAGAAAGAACAAUUUCAAUUACCCGACGACAAUGUCGAUGAAGAAACAGAAGAAGUUAUAUUUCCUAAAAAGCACAGUACUGAGGAGAGUCUAAUUGAUUCGGAAGAAAGAAAAAAGUCUGCGACAAUUUCGGAAUUUCGCAAAAACUUGGGUAUCAUUCUUGAAAAAAAGAGUCCCUACAUGGAAUUCUUCAAACGUAAACCGAACAGAGCAGCAAUAUGGAAAGAACUACCUCCACUGAAAUGGGAAGAAAUGGAUUUAGGUCAAAUGGCCGAAGCUAUAACCGAAGCCAUAGCAACCGAUUAUGUGGAAUGGUUAAAAACUAUGGGAGGUAGUGAAGAAACGACGUUGAACGUACAAAGUAUAAAAGAAAUGUUCGAAAUAGGAUCCCAAACCAAUACUUCUACAGCGGUGUUUGUAGAAUUGAAAGAAAUCGCAUCAGUAAAUCAAAAAACGGCGGAUGCUUUAGGAUUACCGCAUAAAUCUAGGAUGAAUGUUUUGCAAGAACAAAUAGAGCAAGAUAGGAUAGCUUCUAGAAAGAAACAGCGAUUAUGUGCUUUUGGGAAACGACUACCAGUGUACAUGCAAGUGAAGCCGCCUCCCAAGGAUUUAUAUAAAAAAUGGUUACAAUGUGAGUACAUUCCUCCUAAAUUGGAAAGUAUGGCAACAGUAUGGCAAGGAAUAACAAACCUACGAUCAACUCGUGUAUUUUGUGAAUUUCUUUACAGACAUCAUCCCGCCAUUAAACCGCCAAAAUACCUAAUCGAAAAAGGACUUAUGGAUCCAAAAAAUUUUGGGAAACAGCUGGAGGGCACAGAGGAAUCUGAAUCAAUUGAAGAAUUUGAAGAAGAUAUGUCAAACAGAAGAUCUACGGAUGCUAGAAAGAGCUUGUUGAAAAAAUCUGGAAGAGUCGAUGCAAGAAAAUCUUUAGUAAAAAAAUAACAUGCAAGAUGGUGAAUAACAGGAUAAUGUUAUUUUUAAAAUAAAAAAGUGUAGUAGAUUGAAUUGUAUUGUAUUGUCUUAGUACUUAGUUCUCUAUAUCUUGCUUCGACAUUGGAUGUGUGACUGUAAUUUAAAUAUAAAAUUAUAAAAA